AUGCGGCCACGUUCGGUGCCUCUCCAGUGCCGUCAAGACGAAGAUCUGCAAGUUGAUCAGCGUGAUGGCAAUUCUGAGGCCAGAGAGAUAGAAUUGAAGCUCAUUGCAGGCUCCAUCUGGACCAAAGGCGAUUUACUAGCGCUUCAGCUUGCUGCUGGACGACCCUUGUCGCCCCUUGCUACCGCAUACCUGCUCGCAAGGUGAGUGGAGCCACGCAUCUCAUCAGGACUCAGUUGCGGCUUGGUAGGCUGAGGCUCUGCCUUCCCUUAGAGAUGAUGAAGAGAAUGAUUCCGAGAAUCCGCGAAAUUGGUCUCGAGCAAGGAAAUGGUCAGCGACGAUAGUAGUGAGCUUGCAAGUUUUCCUGGCGACAUGUGAGCUUUGUUCUUUACCAAGAGCUACGUGUUUACGUCUUUGUGAUGACUGACGCUACGAGCUAUUUGGGACUGUCAGUCGGCGUGGCGCAUUUGGCACCUGCACUGGGAUACAUUUCGAAGGAUCUUGGCAUCCACUCCGGAAUACAGCGAGGCGCCAUCAUUGCCGUGUACAUUGCAAGCUUCUCGAUAGCACGUGCGUUUCUUAGCGAUGAAACAUCUUCACGAAGGCUGACAAGAGCAUGUCCGCAGACCUCAUACAUUCGCCAAUCAGCGAAGCAUGGGGACGUCGGCCUGUCCUUGUCGGGGGACUGGUGAUUUAUCUCCUUUUCAACUCGCUCUGCGCCAUCGCGACAAACACCCGCACGCUCCUAGCCUUUCGUUUCUUCAGCGGCGUAGGUGCAUGUGCUCCUUUGGGCACAGGUGGAGCUGUGUUGAUCGAUCUGUGGCAUCCCGACGAUAGGGCUCUCGCACUGUCCAUAUUCAGCAUUGCUCCUCAGCUUGGUCCGCUUGUGGGACCCAUCAUGGGGUAAGUGGCGUGUCGUACAAGCGCUUUCCUUGUCGAUCGCCGAUUGACCCGCAUUUGCAAAGCGGCUACAUGACGCAGCAGCUUGGCGAUAGUUGGCGUUUAGGGCUAGGACUCACUUCUGCAGCAAUUGCGAUUGCACUAGGUGCAACAGUCCUGCUGGUUCCAGAAACUCUUGCUGCUCGUAUUCCACACCUGCGUGCACGCGAACUUCGAGCAGAGCAAGGUGUCAAGGCUUUGUGCGCGGCAUAUGAGCAGACCGAAAGGUCCGCAGCUCCAUUUGCUGCCGAGGUGGUGCUGAGACCCAUCAUCCUCUUGAGCUGCGAGCCUGCAAUACAGCUUGCGGCCACUCAGUGGGUAACCUUGUGCUGUAGCCGACCGAGGUAGCAUCUUUGAAGCCUGACCGCACAUUGGCACUACCAGUCUAGGGGUGUGCUUUUCAGUCUUCUACUUGAUGGCGACUACAUUUCCAGCGGUCUACGGCACAUGCUACGGAGAAAAGCCCGGUAUAGUGAGUCCAGCCGGAGCUGCAAGGCUGUAUCAGUAUUCUGACUGCGCCCGUCACAAGGCGUCUCUGCACUACAUUGCGAUUUUUGUAGGAACAAUGAUCGGUGCAGCCUUGAGCUCUAGAUCCUUGCAUUUAAACGUAAGUUGCUCUCUUCUGGCGUGACAUCUUGUUCUAGACUCACUCAGCAACACCUUCGCCGCAUGCAGCGUGGUUGUGCUCCAGAGAGCAAGUUUCGGCCACUGAUGUGGUUUGGCUGCUUCCCGACUUGUGGUAUGCUGGUGUACGGCUGGUCUACCUGCAAUGGAUUACAUUGGGUGAGCAUUUGGACUUCUCCAGACCUACGCACCCAGCUGUCCAGCUCACUUGCUGUAGUCCCAACAGCUGCUGGCCGAUCUGGGAGUCACCGUGUUCGCGUGCGGCCUUGCCGUAUCAGUGGUUAUCGUACAAGUGCGUCAUCAAUUUGCAGCCUUGCGCUUCGGUGUUCGAGAUCAUCUGCUCAUUCACUUUUCAAUCGCUCGCUCUCAGAGCUAUCUUGCGGAGUGCUACAGCUUGCUCGCAGCCUCAGCGCUAAGCGCUUCUGUCCUGACACGCUCCCUGUUAGGCUUUGCAGCUCCGCUGCUCGGGGAGACCUUGUAUCACCACCUCGGUCUCGGAUGGGGAAACACGCUGCUCGCUGUCUUUGCUGGGCUUGUUGGCAUACCUUUGCCCUUCAUCAUGCUACGCCACGGUCAAGCAUUUCGCCUUGCCAGUAGAUAUGCUACCAAGUCAAGCGACAUAGAAAGCGAUCCUUGCGCGCAAUCCUCGUAG